AAUAAGCAAAAUAAAAACAUGUGUUUACUAAACACUGUUUAUUAAUUUAACUGUUAUUGAUUUGUUUUGAAGUUUAACUUGUAAUAAUCUAAUAAAAUGUUCGCAGUUUUUACUCCAAAAUGUCAUUCUAUACUCACUGUUUCUCAAUGCAAACGUUUAAUGCACAACGUCGAUACUAUCCCGGUCAUUACUGUUCCCAAAUAUUUGGAAUCACAAGUUAAAAGACAUGAACGAAGGAAGAAACAAAUACUGGAGGAAAGAGCCAAUUAUUUAAAGACAUGUGGUGAUAGAUCUAAACCAGUGGUAACCUGUAAACUCUCACCAAAGCUUAAUCAUUAUUUAUAUCAAAAAUAUCCUAAAGAUAAGAAAAUCCCUUUAGCUUCACAAAGCUGGAAAAGUGGUAAAUAUAAAGGUGAUGUCAUAACAAUACAUCCUCAUGCUGCAAAUCCUCAUUUCGAGGAAGCUGAGCGGUUUGAUUAUACUUUCAAAGCUGCUGGACUUAAUGAUAAUAUCAUCAGUGCAAUCAACAAUAUGGGAUAUUUCAAGCCAACACAGUGCCAACUUAGAACUAUACCAGAAAUUUUAAAAGGAUUGAAUGUCGUUUGUUGUGCUGAAACCGGAUCGGGCAAAACACUUGCUUACUUGAGUCCGAUUAUGGAAAAAAUUUCACUGGCAAAAGCUAGAGGCGAUGUAAUAGAGCGUCAUCCCAACGCAAUAAUUGUCCUUCCAUCGCGAGAAUUAGUUCACCAGAUUGGUAUCCAAGCUCGUUCUUUCGGAUCUUUAAUCGGAGUUGGUGUAGCUCCGAUUGUUGGUGGUGCACCUACAGCGCUAUCUCACACAGGGUAUGAUGUAAUUAUUACCACUUUAGGAUUGAUCGGGGAACACACUAAACGAGGAGUUUACUCUUUAAAUAAAGUGAAAACUUUGGUGCUUGAUGAGGCUGAUACUUUAUUAGAUGACACUUUCAGUUAUGGAAUCGGUAAUUUAUUAUCUGACUUAAGGUUUAAAUCAUCAGAAAACCGAUUUGGAACACAGCUUUGCCUUGUUAGUGCAACUAUUCCCCAGGAAAUAGAAGAAAUAAUUGGAGGCUAUGUAGAUUUUAACUCAUUUUCUUGGACCGAAACGCAAUAUCUUCAUCGAUUGAUGCCCCAUGUUAAACACGUAUUUCUCAGAUUACAUAAAUAUGACCGCCCAAAUAAGUUAUUAGAAUUAGUUGGUUACAAGUUGCAAAACAAGAAGAGGAUUAUUAUUUUCAAUCGAAAGCGUUCAAGUUGCGAAUGGAUGUACAACCAUUUGAACCAAAGUGGCUUCCCAUCAUCUCAUUUACAUAGACGAAUGGAUGAAAAUGAAAGGAUUAGUCAAUUACAAAAGUUUCAACAGGGAGAGACUAAUGUCUUGUGUGCCACCGAUCUAGCCUCAAGGGGGAUAGAUUUCAAAAACGUUAGUGACGUUGUUAAUUAUGAUUCGCCUCACCAUGUAUCCGAUUAUCUCCAUAGAGCUGGAAGAACGGGCAGAAUUGGAUCUCGGCAAAAUUGUACCGUUACAACUUUUGUUUGUUUUUCACCUGACGUAGAUAUGCUACAUGCUUUGGAAACAUCUGUUCGCACAAAUAGCAGCAUUCAAAAUGUAAAUGGAAAUAUUAAGAGUAUAUUGAAAAAUUUAAAAAGGAGGAAAUUAUCCAAAUAUUUGUAGAUACAUAUCCAAUUGUAAUCUUUCUGGCCUAACAAUUUCUGUAUUUUGACACUCCAUCUAUCACGAAAAUUUAUGUAAAUAGUAGAACAAGUAAAUUAAAUUUCAUAUCUUAUAAGUAAAUUA